CGGACUUGCCUCGAUGCCGCCAUGGUCUACAUUUCCUCCUGGCAGGAAUAUCAAGAGGCGGCAGAGGCUCUGUACGCAAAGUCGCCGAACACGACUCGAUAUGUCGUAAAAUGGAGGGCAUUGGAGGGCAAGCUGGUCUUGAAAAUCACGGAUAAUGUUACGUGUCUCAAAUUUAAGACCUACUCUUCCAUCUUUCUCAAUCGAUUCGAGGCCCUGAACCUGUCGCUCAUGCAGAAGAUGCAGAACCGCCGUCCGGCCCCAGCGGGUACACCCAUGCAGAUAGACACCACUGAGCCCGCGAGAGGUGGUACGCCCGUGGCUGGGGCCUCUGCUCCAGGGACACCGGCGGGUGGAGGUGUAAAGAAGAAGAAACCGAAGAAAAAGAAGUAGGAGGGCGGCUGUAUGUUAGGAUUAUGUGGCGUGCCGUGUUGUCGUGCGUAUUUUUCGUGUUCUACUAUGCCAUCUAUCAUCACGCAUGUCGGCGAGACAAGCAUGCGUCUAUCGACACCGGCUUGCUCAAUGCAAAUCCUCAGAAAGUGUUAGUGUGGCCAUCGCGGCACACUUCUUAACAUCCCGU